AUGGGAGCCAUCAUUGUGCCGGGCCAGCUUCGUCAGAUGGACACUGUGUUCAAAGUCUGGGGCCUGCAAGUGAUGGGUGUCAGCUCCGCGCGGUCCGAGACGGAUGAGUGGGUCCUCAAGUCGUGCGGCAAAUGCAAGAAGGCAGCGCCUUGUCAGGCUCAUCCAGAUGCUGCCUUGGAGCCGCGCAUGGCUGUGCGGGUCGAUUUGCUGAUUCUGACUGCCAGUGUUCCAUGCUGCUGUACCACGACCUUCUCACAGCGGUCUUGCAGAACAAGAACCAGCCCUGUGUGCUCCGCAGAACGUCGCGGAGGGCGGUGCGCACUUCGGUGGUGUCUGCCAAUGGAUCUGGCAAGCGCACAGUGGCUGUGCAAGCUGACUUUCCGAGAGAACGACUACCAGCAGGUCUUGGAAUUGGACUGCAAGCACUUAGAGCCAUUCUUGGAGCCGCAAAAGCCUGCGGAAGAUUUGGCCCGCUUCAUGCAGGUUUUGCCACGAUGUGCUCUCGGCAAGGGCUGCCCUGUUGCAUCUCUGGAUGUGCUCAACGUGGACAACGAACUGGGGAUACUUCGCGCAGGGCAACUGGAUGCUUCGGCGGCUCGAGUGCCUUCAACGACAUCCAGCUCCCCGACGAGGAAGCUCUUCAGCAAGAUCCACAGUCGGCCUCGGCCAUGCGAGUGA